GUUGUUCAAUGUCAACCAAAAAAUUAACUCUGAAGCCGCCGUCAACAGCCGACGAGCGCUGAUCAGUCAAUGGAAGUGAAACAAUUUCAAGGAGCUCCUUUUGGAACUCAGAAAGCCAGGUUUGAUGUGUAUGGAGUUCACCCAGACAGAAAGAAGCAAGGCUCUUACACAGAAGUGCCUUAUGAUAAGAGUGCCACUGGGGAACGGGAAAGAGGGUUGGCACCAGGAUACUACAAUGUGGACAGAGGAGACUUCAGUGCCAGGGAGGUUUCCCGUAAAGCAUCAGGGCCAGGUUGGGCAAGAGCGCAAGAAGUAGAAAGGUUUGCUCAGACACCACAGUUGUUUUAUAAGGAACAAAAGCUAAACAAGAAGUUUUUGGAAACGAAUCUUGGCCCAGGUAAAUAUGAGAUCCCAAAUUUUCUUGACUUAAUGAAGAAGAAGAAUCCUAGAAGCAGAGGCAUUUGUGACACUAAUGAGGAGCGCUUUAGAAAUAAACAAGAUGUUGACAGCCCAGGUCCUGGCACAUAUGGAAAGGGCGGGAUUCCAACUGCAGUGCUGGAGGAGAAAGCUAAGAAGUCUUUUGGGUCACAAGGAUUGAUGGAUUCAAAAGCCGCAAAGAACCGAUCUCUUAACACGGUGGGCUGUGACUUGUCACCAACUACCUAUGACCUUGGGAAUAGCAUAGAUAAAUUAAUGACAAGAGUGGUCAGUAAACGUGGCCCUUACGACCUCUUUACAGGCAAAAGGAGCGAUCGUAUAAAAACUGGGCACCUUGCAACGGACCCACUGAACCUCUAUCCUGGAAUGUAUGGUUACAAGUCAUUCAUUGAUGACCUUUUAAGUCCGGCAAAGAAAAGACAUGGAAAGUUCAGCACGGUCGAGCAGUACCCCUUUCCCCCAGUGGAGAGAAUAUUCUACAGCGGGCUGAAUAUGUUUCGACCACCAGUAGGUAAGUCUGACUUUUACGAUGUGAAACAACUUUCCAGACCAGAAAAUCGAAAACCACCUCCUUUUUUGUCAUCCACAAGCCGGGGUGGCCGAGUACCUGCUAAAAUGCUCACCUUUAACCCUAACAAUGUUGGCGUAGGUCGUUAUAGCCCCACUAAAUAUAAUAAAAAAUCAGUGAAUGGCUGCAACUCGUCAUUUAAAUCCAAGAUUCAGCGCUACCUCAGCAAUAUGGAAAGGGACAAGUACAUGCAGGAGCGUCUGGGAUCUGGAAAACUCAGGUCAGAUCAAGAUGAUACCAACUGAAAAUAAGUUUUGUGUCUUAACUUAUCUGAAUAAACACCUCAAAGAUUUACCAAGAACCACUUUCACAAUUGAUUAAAUUCAAAACAAUGGUGUGUUUCGUUCAAAAGAAGUAUGUUUCUUGGAUUUUAUAAUCAAGUACAACAGCCUGUAACU